AUGUCUGAUGACCCUAUAUCAUCGACAUCAAUAAUUCAAGAGAAUUUUAUCAAUAAUAGUAGUGAGCUUCCUUUAGAUUUUGAACCAGACCUAUCCAUAGUAUCAAAAAAUACAGAUACUUUGUUGGAUUCAUUUUUCAUAUCUGAAAAUAUAGAAAUUUCUGAAUCUAAUUUUGCUUCAGUGUCCGAAUAUACAGAGCAAAAUCAAAAUUUUAAUUUUUUAAACCUUGAUAAUUAUGCAAAAGGACCAAAUCACAAGAAAAGGAAUAGGUUUGCUAAUAAUAUAGAUCUUACACAAUUUGGUCUAGCUAAUGACACGAUUAUUGAAUCGGAUAGCGACAAUAAUGCUUUAAUACUUAUCGUAUAUGAUAUACCAGCAGUACGUAAAAUAUCAAGAUUUGUAGGACACUCUUCUAAAAAUAGAUGUUAUAGAUAUACUAAGAAUUUUUCAACAUUUUCAAGUAAUCAUCCAAAAAGUGGAAAAGUAAACUUUUCAGGAUUUGAUCAAGAAUUUCCUCAUCUUAGUAAUAUUAGACAUAAACAAUUGUCUAAUAAUUUGUUAAAUAAAGCUAAUAGAGAAAAAAAGCGAAUAUUUGAUGAAUAUAAAAUUCGAUAG